UGUAAGCACAUAAUGUUGAAUUAGUCGUAAGAUUCUAUUUGUGGAAGAAUAACACGUUUUUUUUAUCGAAGAUGAGGCUCCUUUUUUGGUCGAUUAUUGUAUUUUUUACGUUAUUAGAUUUAACACGGGGUAGUAGAAAAUUGUGCACAGAAAAUAUGACAUAUCUGGAAUGCGGUGAGUUGUCGUACCGCAUCCUCGAAAAAGACUAUUACUGCGAGAGGCACAGUUUUAAUGAUAAAGGAGAAAUUGCAAAAAUUCAUAGAUGCCCGAAAGUGGGAAAGUGCAAACCUAAUCAAGUACUGUUAAGACCAGAACUGAUGAGAGCAUACCAUCACUAUCCUUUUCCUGAAUGCUGUUCAAGAUGUGUAGAUGCAAACAAAACGAGCUUAUACUAUACUUGAUCACGUAAGACGAUGGGAUCACGCUUUGAAACAUCAUAUUCAUAAAAUACAAGCACAAGUAAAAAGAAUAUUUCAGCGUAUGGCAUUAAAAUGUAUAACAGCAACAAAACUUAGCUUUGAUUAGAAUCGUACUAAUAACACAUGGGAUUUUGGAUAAUGCAUUUCAAUAAUUAUAUAAUGUAAAUUUUUUUAUCAAUAAAACCAAAAUUUUUUGUUCUUGAUUA